GACCCAGUUCCUUACGUGAGUGUUUGCAAGCACGUAGUUUGACGGAGAGGUGGGUUUCUUCUUUGCGUUUUUUGACUCACGGAUACAGACAUGUCUCCAAACUAGGAUCCAUCCAGCGAUGAGGAAGACUCUCAUCUUCUUCAACCAUGAAGUAGGAAGGGUGGACUGCAUUUUAGUAUAGUAUAGUUGCUUCUUCAUUUGACGCCCUGACAUUGCGGGGAUUUUGGAAAAGUUAAUGUAAAUAAAGCAGUAAAGCUGCUUUUUGUUUUAUAAAUGCAAAGCAGAGCGGAUUUCUGAGUAAAGGGAACAUGAUUCUGAGGAAAAUUCACGCAGGAUCGUGCAGAUCAUGGCUCUCUCGGCCUUCCUUCAGGCAGGAGCUGUGUUGUUUCUCCUCCUCUGUGCCCCCCCAGCCGGUGCCCCCUCUGGCCCAGACAUUGCAGGCCUACCUGAAGGCCCUGGAGCCCCUGCUGCCCCCUGAGGAGAUCAGCCACACCAGGAGGAUGGUGCAGGAGUUCGGCAGGCCAGGGGGCCUCGGUGCGAAGCUGCAGGAGGGGCUGGAGAAGAGAGCCAGACAUACCAAGAACUGGAUUGCUCCCUGGUGGGUUCAGUGGGCGUACUUGGAGAGCAGACAGCCAUUGCCAGUGCACUCAAAUCCGGCCAUCUCUCUGCCCAGGAGGGAUUACAACGGCUGGAGGAGCCAGCUUGUGUUUGCAUCCAAACUGAUCGCAGCAGUGCUGGAUUUCAAAGCCAAAAUCAGCACUGGUCAUCUGCCCGUGGAGCACAUGCGAGGAAAGCCUCUAUGCAUGGAGCUGUACCCGCUCCUCUUCUCCUCCUGCAGGAUCCCUGGACCUAAGCACGACUACAUCGCCCAUCAUGGACGCUCUCGGCGUUCGCCAACUCACAUCACAGUUGUCAGGAACUACCAGUUCUUCCAGCUGGAGGUUUAUAACAGCGAUGGCUCGAGGAUGACGGAGAGUCAGAUCCACAGUCAGCUGCUGAGGAUCCGCUCCCAGUCCUGGAAGACGGACAAAGAGCCAAUGGGUAUCCUGACCAGUGAGCACCGUCACACGUGGGGAGAGGCCUACAACCGGCUGCUCCGAGAUAAACUAAACAAGGAAUCUGUGCGGCUGAUUGAGUCUGGACUUUUCGCCUUGUGCCUGGACUCUCCGGUCAUGAGGAUAUCAGAUGAGAAGUAUGCCAGCCGUAAAGCAGCACAGGUCCUCCAUGGAGGCGGGACUUUCUCCAACAGUGGUAAUCGCUGGUUCGAUAAGACUCUGCAGUUUGUGGUGGGAGAGGACGGCUCCUGGGGUCUCCUGUAUGAACAAGCCACCGCCGAGGGUCCGCCCAUUGCAACACUGCUGCAUCACAUCCUGGACUACUGUGAGAAGCCAGACCCAAAGAGAGCUCCACUGGUUCCUCUCCCGAUGCCCAAGAAGCUCUACUUUCACAUUGACAGAGAAAUAAAGAGGGACAUCGAGCAUGCCAAGCAAAACCUGGACAUCCUGAUCAAUGACCUUGACGUGAAUGUGUUCAACUUCAAGAAGUUCGGCAAAGAUCUUCCCAAGCGGCACAAGCUGAGUCCAAACUCCUUCAUCCAGGUCGCCCUGCAGCUCGCCUACUACAGAGUUCACAAUGAGGUUUGUGCAGCCUGUGGUAUCAUUUCUCAGCGAAUGUUUCGAGGUGGGAGGACGGAGUACAUUCGCUCACCCACCAAUCAGACACUCAAGUUCAUCCUUGCUUUUGAUGAUCCGUCUGUAUCGAGAGAAGCAAAGGUGCAGCUGUUCAGAGAGGCUGUUGAUGCAUUUUCAGCUCUGACUGAUCAGGCACUCAAAGGCCAAGGCAUUGAGAACCACCUUCUAGGGCUGAAGCUUCAGGCCAUCGAGGAAGGAAUGAGCAUUCCUAAAAUCUUCAUGGACACAGCUUAUGGCCUGGCGACGCACUGGAAACUCCGAACAGGACAGGUGCCUGCAAACACGGACAGUGUGAUGUGUUUUGGGCCCCUCGUUCCUGACGGUUACGCCAUUUGCUACAACCCCCAGGCUGACCACGUCCACUUCUCCAUCACCGCCUUCAACUGCUGCGAGGAGACUCACGCAGAGACAUUAGCCGUCACCCUGAAGGACACCUUGUGUCACCUGCAGGAGCUGCUUGAGCCGACCGUGUAGAGCUGAGGAAGAACCCACUCUUUUACUCCUGGAAAAAUAGAUUUAUUUUCUUAAACCAAGACUUUAUAGAUGUCUUGAUGUGGCUCGUUUCUGAUGUGGAUGUUUUCUAGUGAAUAACGCACAAUGCUUCAUUAUAGCAGCAAAAUAUGAGGCGGUGAUAAUGACUGAAAACCGUCUUUGAGGUGCUUCUGAUGCUUUUAUACAGCUUUUGAUAAAGCAGUUAGCCACUUUACUUUUCUAGAAAAAGCUGAGCAAGCAAGCCGUUUAUAGUUACAACUGAUGCACUAAGAGGCAUGAAAUGCUAGGAAUGAAAAGUAAAAGCCAACCUGACACUCCAUCAAUAGUCAAAAAAGCCAUAAACAUCAAUGUUUGAACUGACUGCACUCCUUUAACCAGUCAUGAGAUGACCAGCAGCCUUUCUAAUACUCUCUUUAGAGAAUAAAUAUAAUGUGUGUUGCACAGCCAUCAGUUAUGAUUAAUGUUUGAUUUUUCAGGUUUAAAAGAAUGUUUGAAAUGGACCAAAAGCCAAAAAUGCGCUUGUUUAAGGUGGCAGUGCUCGUCUUUAUUUCCUGUUUUUUGAAAUGAAUGUGAAUAACUUGUGUUCAGUCCCUGAGGCGUGAUGUUCUGCUUCUAGCCUGCAGAACUGGUCAAUAAAGUACGUCAACACAUGA